UUGCACGGGCGACGCACGUACUCUUAUUUUACCACGCAACUAUGGAUGCGUUAUUCAUUGAGUGCGUUAAAGAGUAUCCCUGCAUAUGGGACACGAGCCUGCCGUUGUACAGACUGCUGGGAGUGAAGGAAGCAGCUUGGAAAGAAAUUACAGAGAAAACAAACAUGAAGAGUGUUGCAGCGGCAAAGAAUAAAUGGAAAAAUAUGCGAGACACGCACCGUGAGUCAGUGAAGAAAUUUAACAAGAAUAAAAGGAACGAAACACUAAAGCACGUGCGAAGGUGGAAGUACUUUGAUCAAAUGAAUUUCUUGCUUCCACAUAUGAGUACGUACAUAGAUGUCACACCACCCCACGAUCCGUCGCUAAGUCAGGAGGAUACAUCCAAUACAGGCAGUACAGACCAAGAUUCGACACCGCUGUCAAAUAUAAAUACUGAUGACACAGAGUCCACACUACUAAUGGAGGAUGAACCGGCACCGAUACAAGUACCACAACCACAGAUAACAAACGUACGGAGGGUGAACGAAGUAGUUGCAUCAGGUGAUGCAUUGAAAGUAUUUUUUGAUUCGAUGUACCAAAGCACAAGGCGAAUGCCCCAGCAUUAUCAGAGAGAGAUAAAACGAAAGUUGUUUAAUUUGGUAAUGGAAUAUGAAGACGCUCUUGACAACACAAAUGUUUCACAAUCAGGUGUCUACCGAAACAAUCAUGCUGCUGAUCAGACAAAUUACUCUGAUAAAGAAGCUUCUGUGGGUCCUGAACCCACCAGUUCUGGACUGCAGAGAAUUGUAUUCGAAGAAGAUACUAACGCAGAAGACGAAGAAAACCAAGAUGUAAAGCCUAUCUUGGAGUUCUCUAUAAGUGAUGAUGAAGAUUUUGACUAAAUUUUUGUUGGUCCAAGACAGUGAUUAAUUUAUGAAAAACUUACCUUAACGUCAAGGCAAAAAAACCUUUCUUGUACAAAUAGCUCCUCUGUAAUUUUAGAUUAACUUCCGCGUAUUCCUCUGUAAUUUGUAGUUGAACCUGUAAUUAUAACUAAUUAAAUGUAUUUUACUUUUAAA